UGAGGGGAGAGGCUGAGUUGCUUAGCAACAGAACCCAUACAAACAAAUGUGCCCUUUGAAAACAGCUUAGUUAGACAAGGUGCUCAUUCAAGCUAAUUUUAAUGUUCAUCAACUUUUAAUUUAUUUUUCUAUUUAAUUGUUUCACUGUCAUUUUUUUUCCUGCAAUGGCUGAACUUGUGAUGUGUGAGCCAUUUGAGCUCUACAACCUCCUCAAUCAGCGCAGCUGUGUGUCCAGGCUGGCAGAGAUAAACUACCUCUGCCUGAUUGAUGCUCGUGAAACCCAAGAUUACAGAAUGAACCACAUCAUAACAGCUAAAAAUGGCAAAUUGGAUUCAGAGGGCAGAUUCCUCCUGCCGGAGGCUGUGGAGGUGGACAGUAUGCGACACGUGGUGGUCUAUGACAGCAACACAAGCUGUUUAGAGGAACACGGCAGAGCAGCUGAGUGUGCCCAGGUCCUUGCUGAAGCCAGCCUCUACCCAGUCCAGAUAGUGAGAGGAGGCUUCCAGAGGUUCUCGGCUCUGUAUCCUUUUUUAAGGACUGAGAAAAUCAUCUACACCAUCACGGAGCUGGAAAAUCUGAAGACUUAUCCAGUGGAGGUCUUAGCAGGACUGCUGUAUAUGGGUGACCAGAAACAAGGCACAGACUCCAGCGUCCUCAAAGACCUGAAAAUCAGCUCUGUAAUCAGCAUCUCACAGAGUGGCCCUCUGGAAUCUCGAUCCAUAACGGGGAACCAGACCAUCCUUAACAUUCCUGUGGCCGACUCAGAGGUGCCUGAUUUAUACUCGUGUUUUGAAAGGAUUUGUGGUUUUAUUGGUACACAACUCAACAUGGGCUCUCGCGUCCUGAUAGUUUCCAGGCAGGGCAGAAGCCGCUGCAGUGCUGCAACCAUCGCCUUUCUCAUGCACCACCUCAAAUACACACUGGAGGAGGCCUGGAAGUGCGUGCUCAAAUGUAAAUCCAACACGAGGCCCAACAGGGUGUUUCUACAGCAGCUGUCUGACUGGGAGCUUCACACUGUGGGAACAAAAGUGACUGAUAUCUCCGAUCCUUAUUUUUGAAAAGUGAAGCAGCUAAUUCAGUUUCAUUUUACGCAAUAAGGAUGGAACAAAAGCAAAACUGAUAUUCUGUUUUGAAAGUUAUUGUUUGCAGCAGUGAUGAUCUGAGGAUUUGAUGUGGUAAAUUUGUGCAGAGGACAGAAAGGUGGACGUCUCUUCCUUUUGUCCUCUAAGAGACAUAUCACUGAGGGGGUGGGCUGCAGCUCUCCCGGGCUAAGGGAAUUUCAACUUUAAUCUCAGCCUAUUCAGACUUAUAUGUGCAAUACAAUUUGUUUUUUUCCUUCAUUUCAAAAUGGCUCUUCAGUAAUAUACAAUAAAGUAACUAAACGUGAGGAAACAAGAAAUAAAGUGCACAGAGCCACCAGUUCGUGUUUUGGGGUUUAUGUUACUGUUUUGUAUGCAUUUUAUCUGGUUUUGAAUUAGUAAAUAAUGUCAUCUGUGAGUAGA